AUGCCAAUCAGAUGGACUCCCGAGACAGAUCAGAUACUCUUGCUCAAAAUCCUCGAGACCUCUGACGUUUCUCCCAAAUGUGCCGAGAUUGCCGAGAGAUGGCCUGCCGGCCUAGACCGUCCUACUUCACGUGCAAUCUCCGAGCGCAUCUUCAAGAUACGCGCUAGAGCUAAAGCCUCGGGUACUGCUGGCCACUUCGCCGUCCCCUCUGCCAACUCCAACGCUGGCACACCACGCAAGAAGGCCACAAAUGGUAUCGCAAAGAAAGCUCCAGCGAAGAAGACCAACGGAACCAAAGGCGGAGCAGGCAAGCGCAAGCGUGGUGGUAGGAUGAGCGAAGACGAAGUCAUGGACGACACCGAACCUGAUGGCUUCAAGUCCGACAACAAUGGGUCAGAGGCUACGGAUGACGAGGUUCCCAAGAGGAAGACAAAGAUCAACAGCACAGCCAAGGGCAAGGGUAAAGACGGGGACCCAGUCAAGGUGAAGGGUGAAGAGGAGGAGAACGGCACCUUUCACGACAGCGUAUAUGAGAACCCUUUUGACGAAUACGAUGCUGUAGAGUCGGUUGACUACGCUUGA